AUGUCGCAACUAGCACCAAAGCACAUGUCGUGGCCGCUGGUGACGGUCGCGGCGGCCUUGGAGGCCCUGACGCUCCGCUACAGCAAAGAUGAGCUGAAGCUGUCAUCCCUCGCGCUCUCAUUUGGGAUAUUCUUCAUCGCCAACCUCGCCAUCUGCGGCCUCUACUUUACCUUCAUCUACCCCUUCUACGUGUCGCCGACGAGACAUCUGCCCACCGUCGGGAACCGGCACUGGCUGAUGGGCCACAUGCCCCAGCUGUACAGCUCACCACCAGGCGAGUGCUCACGAACAUGGAAUAAAGAGGUCGAGCACGAUGGCCUCCUCCGCUUCUUCAUGUUCUUCAACCAGGAGCGCCUCAUCGCCAUCUCCCCCAAGGCCAUCGCCGACAUCACCGUCGCCAACAGCUACGCCUGGGAGAAGCCCGGCGUCGUGCGCGCCGCCCUCAGCACCGUCACCGGUGUCGGCCUCAUCACCUCCGAGGGUGACGAGCACCGGCGGCAGCGCCGCAGCAUGCUCCCCGCCUUCAACUUCCGCCACAUCAAGGACCUCUACCCCAUUUUCUGGGACAAGUCGCGCGAGGUCGUCAGCGCCAUGACCAAGACGGUCCACGGCCGCGAGGGCCAGCUCCACGUCUCCCACUGGGCGUCGCUCGCCACGCUCGACAUCAUCGGCAUGGCCGCCAUGGGCCGCGACUUCGACGCCGUCCGCGACCCGGACAACAAGCUCGUCGCCCAGUACACGCGCGUCUUCGAGGGCCAGUCGCUCCUCCGCGUCUUCCUCGUCCUCGGGCUCGUCCUUCCGCAGUGGAUGAUCGAGGAGCUGCCGCUGCCGCGCAUCCGCGAGUUCCGCGACGCCAUGCGCGCCAUCCGCCGCGUCUGCCAGGAGCUGAUCGACGAGAAGCGCGCCAAGCUGCGCGCGCAGAAGCAGGACAAGGCGCAGCCGGACGUUGACAUCCUGUCCAUCGCGCUCGAGAGCGGCCAGUUCACCGACGAGGGCCUGCAGAACCAGCUGAUGACCUUUUUCGCCGCCGGCCACGAGACCACCUCCGUCUCGCUGACGUGGGCCAUCUACGCGCUCUGCGUGAACCCGGCGAUGCAGACGCGCCUCCGGGAGGAGGUCCGCGCCCACCUGCCGUCGGUCGACGACGACGCCGCCGCCGUCUCCAGCGUCGACUUUGACCGCCUGCCGUACCUCAACGCCGUCGUCAACGAGGUCCUCCGGCGCUACCCGUCGGUGCCCGUCACCGGCCGCGUCGCCAUGCAGGACACCACCGUGCUCGGCCGGCCCGUCGCACGCGGCACCGCCGUCACCAUCCCGCAGUGGGCCAUCAACGUCGACAAAACUCUCUGGGGCGAGGACGCCGAGGAGUUCAAUCCGGACCGCUGGCUCGAUACCCGCAACGGCUCCGUCACCCUCGACAACACCGGCGGCUCGACCAGCAACUACGCGCUAUCCACGUUCCUCCACGGACCCCGCAGCUGCAUCGGCGCCGCCUUCGCCAAGGGCGAGUUCGCCUGCCUGCUGGCCGCCUGGAUCGGCCGCUUCGAGUUUGAAUUCGUCGACAAGACCCUCAUGGACCCGGACAAGCUCAAGGUCAAGGGCGGCGUCACCAUCAAGCCCGAGGACGGGCUGCAUGUCAUUGCGAGGGUGGUACCGGGAUACUAA